AUGAAUCUCACGAAAGUUAGACCUUUUAUAACAUCGGCAGCCUUAGUUCAGACGGUCCAUAUCAACGGUAGUUCGACGUAUAAGGAGAUUCCACGUGGCGUAUAUUACACCGGUCACGUGACGUCCGAUCCAGGGUCACUGGUUGCUAUAAAUGAGAACAACGGUUUGGCAGGGAUGAUUCGGACUCUCAACGACACAUUUUAUAUAAACCCACUUCCGUCCCACGUUAUUAGAAGCAUUAAGUUCAAUGCUGGACAACCUCACGUCAUCUAUCGACGAUCAAUUGAAGAUCUUUCGUCCACUUACCAUAUUUCAGAAGAUGGUGAACAUCGCAUUAAAAGAGCGAAGCCAAACCGGCACCGAAGGCAAAAACGUGAUGCCCCACAUAAAUACUUGGAAAUGGCCUUAGUAGCAGACAACUUUGCGAUUUCAGCUUACGGUGAAGACGAGAUGACUUUUCACUUACUGGCAAUCGCUCACAUUUCUGCAUGUAAGCCAGUCAGACAUUUUUACUUUUUUCUGAGUCAGUUUGGAUAUGAUUCAAGUUCAUCGAGAACAGAGCGUAUCAAGGCAAUGGAGUCCUGGGCGAAAGAAAAUUUUCCACAUUCAGACAGCGAUCCUGAUCAUGCUGAUGCCGUCGUUCUCAUUACAAGAAGGAGCUCUGGAGGGAUUGCCAGCUUAGGAUCCACUUGCAGAGAUGUCUUUGGCGCUGCUCUUUCUAACGACAUUGGUCUUGGAAGCGCUUUAGUCCUGACUCAUGAACUCGCUCAUACGAUGGGCGUUGGGCAUGAUGGUUCCUCCAGCGGCUGUGCGAAUCAUAUCAAUUUAAUGGCAUCGACAAUACCAAUCGGACCUGGAUCCAUGAAAUGGUCUGCGUGUAGCCGGGAACGUUUUCAGGACUUCUUGAGCCAGAGAUCAAACUGCCUAGAUGACAUCCCCCCAAUAUCUGAAGUUAUACAAGAUGCAAAAGAGUUUUACGGCAAACUUCCAGGACAAGUCAUUAAUAGAGAUGAACAGUGCGAGAUGGCUUUCGGCGGCCGCUUCUACGCAUGCCCGCAACGCUUGACGUCUUGUCAAGCAUUGGGAUGUACGGAAGAUGGCCAGAAGUGUUAUUUCUCUCCGACAUCUCCUGUUGAUGGAACCAGAUGUGGAGAUAGACACUGGUGUAUAAAUGGUCAAUGUACAGACGAUGGAUCACGCGUUAUCAAUGGUCGCUGGAGCAACUGGUCAGUGUUUACAAAGUGUACCCGACCCUGUGGUGGAGGUGUUCAGUCUAGGACAAGAACUUGCACGAAUCCAGUACCAAAGAAUGGUGGAAAGAAUUGUAUAGGCCCAGCUGAAGGGCACUGGAGAAUCUGCAACCCAAAGCCAUGUCCUGCUGGUUCAAAGUCCUUUCGUCAACUCCAGUGCGAAGAGAUUGAUCCCGACUAUUCAGAAUAUCUCACCUCAGAUGAGUGCUUAUUAACUUGCCGUAAGGGAAAGUUUGCUUAUCCUCAACAUCGACCCGUGAAGGAUGGGACAAGGUGUACCAAUGAUCCCACAAUUAAAGACAUCUGUAUCCAGGGAAAGUGCAGAGUAAGAUGAUUUACGAUAUUUUUUUGUCUCUUUUUCCUUCUGUCUUAAAUAUAGGUUGAGUUUUGGCGCACAGUCUGGGACAAACUUUUUACCUCAGAAGUUCUCGCUGUGGUGAAAAGGCGCAACAAUAUGUCAUCAGCACAAUACAGUUUGGUCAUUUUAACACUGAAUUGCUGGGUCAAACAGAAAUUGUUAAUUGAAAAGGUUUUUCUAGUUUUAUUAGCACCACAAGAAGUAUUUUGGGAUGUCACGAGAAGUGAAAUUACCCUUUCAAAGGCGAAAGA